AUGACAUCCUAUACCCGUAUUGGCCCGCAAUCCUCGUCCGGCAGUUAUAGUAGGGCUGCCGACGAGAACUUACCAUAUGACACGAAUCCAUCGAAAGGGUCGUCGAAGAAGGCGCCCAAAGCUGCGGCCGCGCCCGAAGUGGCGUCCGCCACGUCCAGCGGGCAGAUAGACGACGGCAACUAUCGGUCGCCUGAAUAUUACGGUCACAACGCCAACAGUUUUUACGACUAUAUGAUCGAUAUGUCUAAAUACCGACUCAAACAGCCGUCCAAUAAGUCUUAGAUUUGGACAUUAGAAGACAAUUGAAGACAUUAGCAAAUAAUUUAUACCUUGGUAGUAAUUUUUGAACAAACAUUAGACAUUAAAACAUGUGUUUAUUAUAUUUUGAAAAAUAUUUGUUGAAUUUAAUUAUCAGAAAAAAAUAAAUCUUUAGAGAAUUGAUUUAAUAAUAUAUAAAAUAUUCACUCAUUUAGACACA